AUGGUUAAGUUUAACCCAAUCAUGAGUGAUAAUGAACAUAUGGAUCUUGGAACAUCGUCUGAUGCAGCUGAUCAACAGUCCUCUCAACGAUCAUCUGAUAGCAGUCAACAGUCUAUGUUAAGAAUUGCAAUUAAAACACCAAAAGAUAAAAAAGAUAUAACAAUUGCAUCGUCGUCAAAUAUUAAAGAGUUAAAAGAACUUGUUGCUCGUGAAUUUGGUACUUUGGUCGAGCAAAUUUGUCUUAUUUAUUCUGGAAAAAUUUUAAAAGAUGAUGAAGAUUUAAAGAAGCAUGAUAUUAAAGAUGGUGUUACUGUUCAUUUGGUGAUUCGUGCUCCUAAGGAUGCUCCUUCGGCAGCGACAGGCCAACAGCCCUCUGCAUCAUCUACGUCAACAGCAACAUCAGCUGCCACCGGAAAUACCUCGGCAUCAAACACGGGAGCAGCAAAUUUAAACGACUUUCCAUUUGGAUUUAAUAGCGGAGGAACUGGAGGUUUGGGAAAUUUAAAUUUUGCCAAUGCUAAUUUUCUCGAUGUACAGCAAAGGCUUCAACAAGACAUGAUGAAUAAUCCUCAAGCAAUGAGAAGACUGAUGAAUAGUCCCGUUGUUCAAAGUAUCACAAGUAAUCCCGAUUUAUUACGUUCACUACUUCUCAGUAAUCCACAAAUACGUGAUUUAAUGGAUCGUAAUCCCGAAAUUUCUCAUCUAUUAAAUAAUCCGGAUUUGUUACGUCAAACAAUGGAAUUUGCUCGUAAUCCAACAGCAUUACAAGAACUUAUGCGAAAUCAUGAUCGUGCAUUAAGCAAUUUAGAAAGUAUUCCGGGCGGUUUCAAUGCUCUUCAACGUAUAUAUCAUGAUGUACAAGAACCAAUGUAUUCAGCAGCCCAAGAACAAUUUGGCAAUAAUCCAUUCGCUCAAUUAUUAGCUGGAAAUGGAGAUAAUUCCAACACAAGGUCAGGAACAGAAAGUACUGAUCCACUACCGAAUCCGUGGGCAUCUCGCUCUGGUGCAGCGGCAUCAGCUGGUGCCAAUCGUCAAACUGCACCAUCAUCGUCGACAGCUGCUCCAAUACAAUCACCUACUGGUGGUGGACCAACUCGGCCAACAGCUGGAACAAACAGUAGUGCUAUUCCAACUGAUGCUACAGGCGGUUUAACGAAUCCAACGAUGCAAAACUAUUUUUCACAAUUAGUUCAAAAUCCUCGUCUACUUGAGAGUGUUUUGAAUGCACCGUAUAUGCAACCUUUGAUGGAAUCAUUGGCAGCUAAUCCAGAUGUUUCUCGACAAAUGAUUUUGAAUAAUCCCAUGUUUGCUAAUAAUCCAGAGAUGCGUGAACAAAUGCUAAAUGCAUUACCCGCGAUGAUGGAACAAAUGCAUAACCCCGAGGUGCAGAAUCUAAUGCAAAAUCGUGAAGCUCUUGAAGCUAUCGUUCAAGUGCAGGAAGGUUUACAACGUUUACAUACAGCUGCGCCUGGUCUUUUUCAAGCCGGUGGAUUACCAGCUGGAUUACGUUUAGGAGCUACAGGUUUAGGGACGCCGUCUACAAAUACGUCAUCUACUACACAAGCGCCAACACAGCCACCACAAUCUUCCUCGCAGUCUGCGACAUCAUCAUCAGCAGCUACACCACCCUCUAGUGAUCCAAGCAAUUAUGCUGGAGUAUUCGCCCAAAUGUUACAAAUGAUGUCAAAUCAGACAAUCAAUACAGCACCAGAACAAAGAUUUGCUGUUCAACUUGAUCAAUUAGUUUCAAUGGGUUUUACAAACAGAGAAGCCAAUUUACAAGGUACCUCUUUGGUUGCUACUAUGGGCGAUAUUAAUGCGGCAAUCGAACGUUUAUUAUCUCAAUAG